GUCUAAAGUCCAAACGCUGAGAGCUUUUGUCAGCCAGAGACUAAAUGCGGCUGCUGAAGAGAUAUUUGAGCUGUUUGAAAGAACGAUAGCAGAGUACGAAGAGGAACUUUGUGGACAACGCAAACUACUGGACGCUGUUUUCCAGCCUGAAGUCCGGCUGCACAGAGCAGACGUCCAGCUGCUGUUGAUGAGAAAAGAAGAGGAUCCCCCUCAGCAGCAGGAGUGGAGCCCCAGUCUGGACCAGGAGGACCCACCAGAACCCCCACACAUUAAAGAGGAACAGGAGGAACUCUGGACCAGUCAGGAGGGAGAGCAGCUUCGAGGGCUGGAGGAGGCCGAUACCAACAAGUUCACAUUCGCUCCUGUCUCUGUGAAGAGUGAAGAGAAACCUCAGUCCUCGCAGCUUCAUCAAACACUAAGUGAACAGAUGAAAACAGAAGCUAAUGGAGAGGACUGUGGAGGACCAGAAUCAGCCAGGAACUUAGAUCCAGAUAGUCGUUUACAACCAGAUACUCAUAACAAGACUUCAGACUCCUCUGAACCUGAGACUGAUGACAGUUGUGAUUGGGAGGAGACCAGAGAACCUCAGUCAGGUUUAAACCCUCUGCAAAAUAAAAGUGGAUGUAACACUGGUGAGAAAUCAUUUAGCUGCUCUGAGUGUGGUAGACGAUUCAGCCAAAACUCAAGUCUGAAGAGACACAAGAGAACUCACACAGGAGAGAAACCAUUUAGUUGUUCUGUCUGUGGUAAAAGGUUUGCACAAAGCUCACAUUUGACCACACACUUAAGAGUUCAUACAGGAGAAAAACCUUUCAGCUGCUCAGUUUGUAAAGGAAGUUUCAGUCUCAGAAGCAAUUUGUCCACACACAUGAGAAUCCACACAGGAGAGAAACCAUUUAGUUGUUCAGUUUGUGGUAAAAGAUACCCCGGGAAGAAUUCCUUAAAUACUCAUAUGAGACUUCAUUCAGAAGGAAAACGUUUCAGCUGCUCAGUUUGUAAAAAAACAUUUCCAUGGAGAGGAGAUGUUGUGGUGCACAUGAGAAUCCACACAGGGGAGAAACCCUUCAGUUGUUCUGUCUGUGGUAAAAGAUUUGCACAAUGCUCAAAUUUGACCUCACAUUUACGAGUUAUACAUACAGGAGAAAAACCUUUCACAUGCUCAGUUUGUAAAGCAAGUUUCAGUCUCAGAAGCAAUUUGUCCAAACACAUGAGAAUCCACACUGGGGAGAAACCGUUUAGGUGUUCAGUUUGUGAUAAAAGUUUCAAACUGCUUCAUACAUUAAAAAACCAUAAGUGUGCUGGUGAGAGCAGCGAAAGUAAAUGAAUGAAUCCUUCUAGCAGGAUUGAAGUACUGGGGGCAAGACUUGGCUCAACACUGAUCAGUUCAAAACUGUGAUACAGACUCCAAAAUAAGUCGUGCUUCAUCUUUUCAGCAAACCCCGGGAUUCCACCGGCCACGGCUAUAUAAAGUUGUCUGCCAGCUGGUUUUGUUCUGUACUCUAAGCGGCUUCAUACCCCACCAGGAGCGUUUCACAAGCAGAGCGGUUUGCCUGCCUGAUGUUGUUGACUUGUUCAUUUGACUAUUUUUUCCUUUAUUUUUGUGCUUCUACCGUGGGUAAGUAGGCUAUGUAGUUAAAUGGUUUCUAUUUGUGUCUGUUUUAGGUAUUUUUUGUUGAUAUUUGACCGGGACUCUGCACAGGAUGUUUUUAUUUUGAAAAUUGACCAAAUUCUCUAUGCCGUUUCUGUGUCUGACUUCCUGCCCGGUUCAUCUGCUCUGUGGAGCUUCACGUGGUUUCUGUCAAAAAUAGACUCGCCGCUUACUCACCGCAAAGAGAGCUGCGGCUCGUCUUGUGGGAUUACAAGCAUUGUCUAGAAUGGCUGCGAUCUGCUGCAUCGCAGCCGUAACGCGACACACCCGUGCCCGGUGGAAUUACUGGGUUAGAUGAAGCCACGUGAUCAUUUUAAUUCUCUUUUUAUUUGUGUCUACGUUAUUUGGCCGUUUUCUGGGAAUUGUGCUUUUUGGUAUUCCAUGUAUUCAUUGAUUUAAAAGUGAUUCACUUGUCUAAAAGUAUUCCAUGUCGCCUAUACAGCGCUAUGGUCAACAUGUGUUGUUUUAAAAUGUGAUUUAUAAAUUAAAUAACUAGACUUACCAACCAACUUCAGGAGCAGCUCAUUGAGAUAAGGAGCUGACAAGUCUGGGAUCUGGAUCUGGAGAUGUGGGUUGACAUCCCUGUUGGAAAAGAAACCCAUCUGUUAGUGAAGUGGAACUGAUGUGGUCGUUCGUGACUCCUGUGAGACGAUCAGCAGUAACUAAAGACUGGUGUUACACAGUCAUUGAUCUGAAUGAGAUAAUAGCAUCACAUGCUAGCUCCUACACUAGAUAACAGACAAUGUAUCAAGUAUCCUAUCAGUAAUAAGUAGGAAUAAUAAAAAAAUAUGAAAUAUC